UUCUUUGGAAGAUUCAUGUUCUUCUGGGUUGGGAUCUUCUAAAGUCUUGCUUUGCUCUGCUUCUCCUUCUUUCUCUUCUUCCACCUUCUCUUCGCCGCUGUCUGCGUCUGAAAACGACGAUUCUGAACUUGAAGCAUCCUGUGGAAUAAAUUCCGUAUCUUCUUCUUCUAGUUCUGUAUCGAUUUGAAUCAAUUUCUCGGUCAUCGUACUUGAAUGGAGCAGGAAAACGAACGCUUGUCCCUCAACACUUUGGCUCGUAUUUUGACCCUAUAUUUCAAUUCUGAAAAGGGUACAAAAAUUACGCCGAGUGCUUUGGAGCUUAUUACACAAUACAUUCGAAUUUAUACCAAAGAAGCUGUUUGCCGGGCGUAUGAGGAAAAGAAACGCUCUUCAAUCACUCUAAAUGAUCAGGAUGAUAUAAUCCUUGAACUGGAGGACUUGGAAAAUGGGAUUGCGGCUCAACUAGCUUUGGACUUUAGUUGAAUGAAUAUGAAGCAGGGAAAGCAUCUCUACCUUUUGUAAAUAAUAGGAAAUUCUUUCAUAUGAUAUUCUGGCUUAUUUGGUUUUCAAGAAUGGUACUGUGCUCGUUGCUGUCCUUGAUUUUAGUAUGUUGAUACUAAUAUAAAUACAUAUACGAGAUCCAUCAUAUAAUGACAAGAUGUCAAGAGAGGAUGUCUUUUUUUUAUCCAUAAUCUACUUCGCUCUCUUGGAUUCUUCUCUCUUAGGAAUGUUUGGUCAAAGGGUUUUGAAUUUAGUCAUUUUUCAAUUAAAGACAGCAUUUGGGGUUUUUACAUUUACUGACUUUUGUAUAUUCUUUAUGGAAUUUUCUAUUUAUUUCGUUCUAAUUCCUGGUCGCAAAUCGAUCUCAAAUGAAAGUCACUGGGAGUUAGGAAUGACAACACUAUUUUAUGACUAGAAUCUGACAGAAAAAAAUGUUUUAGAGUUGUAUAUUACCCUAUAAAUGCUGCUGAUUAAUUGAAAUUGUAGACAGAUGCCAAAAUGGUUUUUGGAUGAGUUGCGUUUUGUUACAACUAAUCCUUUUGCUUUCAUACAUAUUGAUAUAGAAUUCAUAUCAAAUGAUGAUAUGGACAUUUUUUUGUGAUGAUAAUGACCUGUUUUCAGUUUUUGUGACGGAAUAUAAUCACUACCUGGAAAGUCUCUGCUUUCAUGACCCAAAAAAGAAAAGGAGUUCUUAAAUGUCGACUGUCAGCGAACCACUUUUUGAGAUUCAUAUUCGUCAAACUAUGACAUUGUCGUUGUUUUCUCUUUUAGAAAAUGCAUCAAGUUGAAUCAAUAAAAAUUUAAUGAAUGAGGCACGAGUCAAGUUCAGUUGGCAUAACCGUAUUUCCCAUUUGAUCCUAGUACACGUAAAUAUUAUAAGAGCUUAUGGGCAAAUGGAUGCUAAAAAUGAAUUCUUGUACUUUUAUGUCCUGGCUCAUAGGAAUAUCUUAUGAAUCAGAAAGAAGCGUUCUAAUUCUUGAAAAGGCUUCUUGUUUAUAUGAGGCUAGUAGUAUUCUAUUAUGGUCAAGUUUUGAAUAGCAGAAC